AUUUGCGCCAAAACUUUUAUUAGAGACGUAUAUCAGCGUUGCGCGCUCAGGUGCCAAAGCUCCCUGCAUUCAGGACCAUGGAGAGCUCCAGUCUGAGGAUGCGCAUGGCAGUGUGCGCGCUGCUGGUCUGCUUGUUGACCGGAGCGAGAGCGAACGAGUCCGAGCCGGAGAUUGAAGUGGAACUGGACACAAGAGCCAUCAGAGACUUCUACCCCAAAGACCCAAACCUAAACAGCGAAAAACAGCUUCUCGGGGCUCUGCAAGAAGUUCUGGAAAAGCUGCAGACGAAACGAAUUCCACCUUGGGAGAAGAAGUUUGGUCAAGUCCCCAUGUGUGAUUUGGGCGAGCAGUGCGCGAUCAGAAAAGGCUCUCGAAUCGGCAAGAUGUGCGACUGUCCGCGCGGGGCUCUCUGCAACUUUUUCUUGUUAAAGUGUUUGUGAUGGAAACACGAAUUUCGGAGUGGAUUGUAACGGGAUUGAGGAAAACCAUAUGCAUUAUAUAUCAUAAAUGACUACAGUUUUACUUAUAUUAAUAUUUUUUUAAGUGAAGAGACUAAAGAUACUGAAGCAAAGUUGUAAAGAAAUUGUUCUUCAAAAAUGUAUGUGAUGUAAAAUGUGAUAUUGUCUUAUUCCAUGUUUAUCUGCUGUUUUGUGCAUUAAAGUGCAAUAUAACUUGUUUUGUAAA